AUGAUUAAUUCACCUCCAGGCUCAUAUAGUGGUGGUGGUUCUCGUCGAACACGUUAUUCACGUUCACCAUCUGAUAAUGCACCACCAUCAAAACGUUCAAAACCAUCAAAUUCAAUUGAUCCUUAUAAUCGUAAUCAUGGUAGUGGAUCUGAUCCAUCUCGUCAUUAUACAUCGAUAUGUGUAAAAAAUAUUAGUCCAAAAAUAUCAGAUUUAGAAAUUCGAGAUUUAUGUAGUAAAAAAUUUUCUAAAUAUGGUACAAAUUCAGUUAAAAUUUAUCAUAGAAAUCAAGAACGUGUAGCAUUUAUUAAUUUUACAAAUUCUGAAGAUGCACGAAAAGCUCAACAUGCUAAAACAGGUCUUGUUUGGAAUAAUAUGCAAGUUCUUUUAGAACCAGUUUAUUAUCGUAAAACUAUUCCAGCUGAACAACCUAUGAAACCUGAAAGUUCUCGAGAACGUUCUCUACCAAAUCGACGACAUCGUCGUCUAACACCACCAAUUCCUUCACCUUCACCACCACCACCACCACCACCUGUUAGUUCUCAUCAUCGUUCAUCAUCACGACGUCAACGUACAAAAUCUCCUUCUCGUUCAUCACGUCCAGAACGUCGACAAUAUUCACCAUAUAUACCAUUACCACCCGAUUUAGUUGAUUAUGUUACAAAAAAAUCUAGUCGACAACAAGAACCUGCAUCAUUGUCAUCAUCAUCACCACCACCACCUGUUCGUCGUCAUCAUCAUAAACAACAAGGUAGUCCAACUCCAAAUAAUCAUCGAACAUCAUCAUUAUCAUCAAAUCGAACUAAUUUAGAUAAUGAUUCUAAUAUUCAAAAUGAACCAACACGUACUUUAUUAAUUGAAAAUCUUGAACGAAAUAUAACAGAAUCAAAAUUAGAAGAAUUAUUUGGUCGUUAUGGAGCAAUUAAACAAAUUGAUCUUAAAAAACCAUCAUCAUCAUCAUCAUCAAAACGUGCUUAUGCAUUUAUUCAAUAUGAAAAUGUUGACAUGGCAUAUGAAGCACGUCGCGCUAUGAAUGGUCGAUCUAUUGGAAAAGUUGAUUGUAAAAUUGGCUAUGGCAAAAUUGUACCAACUAAACAUCUUUGGGUUGGAAAUAUACCCGUUAAUAUAAAACGACAUGAUCUUGAACAUGCAUUUUCACGUUAUGGACAAAUUAAAACAUUUGAUUAUUCAUCAGGUGAUCCAACAGCUAUUAUUUCUUAUAGUGAUAUUGAAGAUGCAAUUAAAGCACGUACAAAACUUAAUGGUACAAUAAAAAUUGUUGAUGGACGAGUAAUACAUAAUGAACCUGAUAUAUCAUCAUCAUCAUCAUCAUCAUCACGUCUUGGUUUUCGUAUUGAUUAUCUUGAUCGUCCAACAUCUAGACGUUUUGUUAUUGUUCGACCACAAAAAAAAUCAUCGAAUAGACAUGAAUCACGUUCACCAUCUCGUUCAAAAUCACGUUCAAGAUCAUCUGCAUCAUCAACACAUGAUCACACACAUUCUCCAUCAAAUGAUAUUAAUAAUAAUGAACAAAGUAAAGAUAAUUUAAUUGAAAAUCUUAAAACUGAAAUACAUUCACGUUCACCAACACCACCACCACCAAUAUUAAAUACUAUAAAACAACGACGAUCAACAGAUCGUAGUCAAAAUUCACUAUUAACAAAUUUAACUCCUAUUGCUGGACGAACAUUUUAUGGUUCAUUAGGUUCAUAUUUAUCACCAAAUGAUACAACAAAUGUAAAUAAUCUAAAUGACUUAAUGAUUCUUUGUGAACAAUUAAAUUCAUCAGCAACAAAAAGUAAUACUGCUUUAGCAACUGUUUAUCCUGUUCAAUUUAUACUUAAAUCUCAUGCUUAUGAUGCACGUAUGCAUUUUCUUGCUGGAAGUCCAACAUUGGCUAGUAUUUUACUUGGUCAACCAGGUGAUUUAAUUGCAGCAAAAACUGAAUUAAAAAUUACUCAACGACUUCGUCUUGAUCAACAUAAACUUGAAGAUUUAGAACGAAAACUUCGUAAUAGUGUUACAAAUGCAUUAGCUAUAACAGGAAAUAAUUCAAAUACAAAUAUAAAUGGUCAUUCAUUAAAUGGUUUAACAUCAGUUAAUAAUCGCAAACAAUUAACACCUGCAAAUCAAACAAAAUUUUCUAUACUUAUUGCAACACCUAAAAUUAAUAAUUUAAAUGGAUCAUUAAAUUCAAUUGAAAAACAAAUAUCAAGUGGAAAAAUAAAAAAUGAAAUAACUUCACCAUCACAUAUGGGAGAUAAUGAUAAAAAACAUCUUGAAAUAAAAAAAGAAAAAAUAGAUAAUGAUGAUACUGAUAAUAAUAAUAAUAAUAAUAAUAAUGAUGAUGAUGAUGAUGAUGAUUCGUUACUUUCUCAUUUGAUUUCUUAUUUAGUUGAAAAAGAAGCAGCUGGUGUUAUAUCAAUACCAUUUCAUCCAACUUAUCAUAGUGAUCAUGAACAUUCAUCUAGACAAGAAACGGCUGUUAUACAUAUAUUUCCCUCAUGUCUAUUUAGUAAAAAAAUUUUAAAAAUAAUUUGUCCAUCAAUUCAUUUUUCAAGUACAACAACAAUUAAUGAUGAACAUUUAAUGGUUGUUAUUGUACAUAAUGAUUGA